AUGGCUGCAGCGGCAGCCGCCGCGGCAGCCGCGGCCGCAGCCGCAGCCGCCGCGGCAUCCGCAUCCACUCAGGCAGCAACAAUCGCGACUGCAGCCGCAGCGGGCAUGCAAGCUUCCAACGGCAGCAGCGGUAGCGGUGCCGCAGCCGCCGCGGCUGUUGCCGCUGCGGCCUUCUCGGGCGCCAACGGCAGCAACGGCGGCAGCGGCAGCGGCGGCGGCGGCGGUCGCAAAGUGUCCACCAGCGACAUUCAGCUGGUUCAGACUCUAAUCGAGCGCUGCAUGCAGAUGUACAUGCCGCUGAAGGAGGUCGUGAGCACACUUCAGACGCAGGCGAAGAUCGAACCGGGGUUCACGCAGCUCGUAUGGCAGAAACUGGAAGAGCAGAACGCCGAGUUCUUCAAGGCAUACUACCUGCGCCUCAAGAUAAAGGACCAGAUCGUGAUGUUCAACUACCUUCUGGAGCAGCAGUUCAACAUGGUUUCGAAGCUGCAGAUGAGCUGGCUGCAGGCGCUGCCUAUGAUGCAGCCAGGUAUGGCGGCUGCCGCGGCAGCGGCAGCUGCAGCUGCGCGGCCGCAGGGCAUGGCGCCGGCGAUGAUGCCGGGCACCGCUACCGCUGGCGCUGCGGCAGCCGCCGCCACGGCUGGCGCGGCGCCACCCACUGGCGCGAUGCUCGCGGCGACGCCACAACUGCCGUCAGCUGGCAUGGUGCCGGGAUUGGUGCCGCCGAGCUUACCUGGCCUGCCAGGAGCGAACCCGUUCAAUUUUGCCUUGGGAGCGGCUCCAGGCACGAUGAUGAUGUCGUCGCCGGCGGCGGCGGCUGCUGCCGCUGCGGCGGCGGCGUCAAUGCAGCCCGGUAUGGCUGCAAUGGCCGCCGUCGCAGCGGCCGGGCAGGCUGCCAGCAUGGCGGGCCAGGCGGCGGCAGUGGCGGGAUUCGGGGCCCCGGCAGCACCGCUAGGUCUAGCGCCGGGGCUUGGCGGCAUCGGAAUGCCUCCGCUGAUGCAGACGGUGGCGGCGGCAGCGGUGCAACCGCAGGUCGCGCCGCCAUUUGCUGGACAGCAAACGGCCCCGCACCAGCAACAGCAGCCGACGGCGGCAGCGGGUGCCGGCAGCCAGCCUGGAGAUAGUUUCGGUGCCGGCGGCGCAGCAGCCGACGGCGGAAUGAUGGCCGCCCAGCUGGCGGCGAUGCAGAUGGCCUCGUUGAUGGACAUACAGCAACCGCCGCCGCAGCAGCAGCCGCAGCAGCAGACGGACGGGUCGCAGCAGCAGCAAGAUCAGCAGCAACAUGCGACAGCCGGGGCGGCGGCAGCGGCAACGUCGGCUGUUGCCGCCGUCGCCGCGGCAGCGGCGGCGGGUGCGGGUACCGGCACGGGCGGCUUCCCUGGUACGGCAGACCUGAUGGCUCUGUCGGACAGCGCCUUGGAUGGAGCCAGCCUGGGCGACCUGGGAUUGCUUGCGGGCUCGGACCACGACUUGAUGCAAAGCCUAGGAUUCAACACCGCAUAUGUCACGGGGGCUGGCGGAGGCGGAGGCAGCGGCGGGAGCUUCCAUUUGAAUCUGAACAUGACCGGCAUGGACGGCACCACCGCCGCCACCGCCUCUGUGAAUGCAGCCGCCGCCGCGGCGGCGGGGGCGGGGGCAACAGCGGCGGACCCUGCUGCUGCUGCCGCCGGCGGCGGCGCAGCCGCCGCCGCCGCCGGCAUUACCUCGGCGGCGGCGUCGAAUGGCGACCUGACGAAUCUCGACCUUGCGAAGAAUUUUUCUUUCUCAGAUUUGAGUACGAUGGGCCUGGGCGUGGGCAUGGGCCCUAUGGGUUUUGGGGAUCUGGGGGCUAACCCGGGUGACGGUGACCCUAUGCUAUUAGGUGCCGACGGUGGCGAUGGUGUCGGUGACGCCGGCGACGGCGGUGUCGGCGGUCUGAUGGGCUCCGCUCUUGUGGACUUCCUGGACAUGCAGGAGUCCCACAUACGUCUCUGA